AUGGACAUUCAGCACAAGCCCGAUGCACGUGCUGUCAUCACGCUGGGCAAGGACAUGGUGUGGCGAGACUAUUGCCAGGGUGCCUACCGCAUGCGGGGCAUUAACCGUGGACAGCGCCUGGUCAUUUACGCCAUACCUGAAGUCUCCAAGUUGGUCGAGAAGUCCUUGGUGGACGUGCCCAUCUUGGCCAAAGACGCCAGGGUGGGCUUGGUCCAUGUCGUGGCCUGGCUCGUGAUCAAUGGCCUCCGUAGCGAACGAGUUCAAGCGGGCAUGCUGAGGUCGCAAGACUCCCAUACUCUUUGGAGGAGGCCUGCGUUCUCAUGGCUUCAAGAGCAUUCAGAAGAAGCGCAAACUGAAGAGGCGAAGAAGCACCUGGACAUCUUCGAGGCGCGUGAAGAACCUUUGGAUUUGGAUUUGGCCUCGUCCAUUCCAAAGCCAAAGAGCUUGAGGCAGGCAAUCGAAGAGAGUGCAAAGGAUAAGGAAUGGCUCUUGGGAAAGGAUGAGUUGGAAGAAUUGAAACGCCUGGCUGGCGUUUCGACUGAUGCUGAAGAAUCCCCAACCCAUGACCACAGGAUAUCUUCGCAUCCUUUGGGUCAGCUCUUUCAGGUCACUGUGAGCACGGCCGACCAAGAGCAACAACAAGAGCAGGAGCAAGAGCAGGAGCAGGAGCAGGAGAUUGAGAUCGAGAAAUUUGCCGAUCUAGGCUUUCAGCGGGACAACGAACGCCCAUACCCUUGGAGCUAUGACCUCCUCUCGAAGGGACUGGAGGCGACGCAUCGGGGAAAGGGCCAUUUUCGACUGGAUCAGCGAAGCGUCAGGGCGGGGCGAAGCAUGGCGAAGCGGCGGGGAUUCAUGGUGAAGCAAUGA